GGGAGACCUCGAUGGGUCCCGGAGUGGGUGAACCGGCGGGUGUUCUAUGGGCGCAUCAAAGCAUAUUAAUCGAUAUCUCAUUUUAGUUUUUAAAUCGUUUUUAUGGCUGAUAUUUAUACGAUAUGCUCUUCACCUUCACCAACAAGAAUGAUUAAAGAAUUUAAGACUGGUUCUUAGUCUAAAUACACGUUAAACAAAUUGAGAAAAUGUGGUAGAAAAAAAGGCCAGCCAUGAAUUAAAGAAGAAGAAGAAUUGAAACAGUUCGAGCGAGACGAGGUAUGUGGACAAGGAUGGCUCUACGACCGCCAUAUAAUCUUAUUAGACUCCUCCCUUUUCUGCGUCGUUUAUAUAAUAUUCGAGGUCCGUCGAUGGAAUGCAAGCUUUCUUUCCGAAUUCUUGAUCCCUAAUUCCGAUCGAAGGCGUUCCCUAGAGCCUCGUCUCUCCUAUGGGUAAAAAUCACAACUUUUUGGGGGGAUGUUUGGAGAUGAAGCAGAGGGCGGCGUGCGAGCUCUGCAGCGGCGAGGCGGCGGUUUACUGCGAGGCGGACGCGGCCUUCCUAUGCUGGGCGUGCGACGCGUCGGUUCACGGGGCCAACUUCCUGGUCGCUCGCCACCUACGCCGGGUGGCCUGCGCGAGCUGCGACGCGCUUGGCCCGGCCCUCUGCGUCUCCGGCCGCGUGCGCCGCAUCUGCAAUUCGUGCUCCCCCGAUGAUCGGGACCACUCCGAUGCGUCGUCCUCCUGCCUCUCGACCUCCGAGUCGGCCGCCGCAGCGCCGCCGCCCCGGCGAGUGGCGACGGCCGCGAAGAGGCAGCUUGGUGAGGCAGAGGCAAUCCUGCUCGGGUGGAGUCGGAGGAUGGGGUUGCGAGGCGGCCGGCGGUGCGCCGAAGUGGCGGCGCGAGUUGUCGCCGCGUGCGGCAGGACCGCCGCAGCCCAGCCGCUGCGGGUGGUGCUUGCGGCCGCGCUGUGGUCCUCCAUCAAGAGCUUCCAGGUUGAGGCGGCAGAUGUGGAGUCGAGGGGCGGUGGGGCGGCACUUCGACGGCUGGAGGCGUGCUCUGGCGUUCCCGCGAGGCUGAUUCUCGCCGCCGAGUCGCGGAUCGCGCGCAGGGUCCGAGUCGCGGACGCGGCGGAGGGCUGGGCCGAGUGCCCGUAGAGCGAUUCUAGCCACAUGUUUCGAACAUUUUUAUAAUUUAAUCCUCUAUUUCUUUUUUUAUUCGCAUGCCAGACUUGUGGUGGGUUUUUACCAGAGAAAUGUAUUGAUUUGUGCAGUUCA